GUGAAGAGGAAGCGCGCCUGCCUGCCUCUCUGGGCUGCAAACGUCAACAAUAUGGAAACUCAAGACCUAACGUCUGCUUUUGUUUCAGAGACAGACGUCGAAAGGGGGACCGAGUCAUGGCACCAGUUGCCAGCAGAGGUAGAUACGAGUCAGGUUAUCGGACAGACAACAAUAAUCCCACCUGUUGAUCAAACUCAACACGGCGUCAGUCACAAACAAACCCAUUCAAGAACAACGGUGACAACGGACCUGCAACGUCAACAUUUGGGAGACAGAACCUCAUCCAUGCAGCUAGAUUUCCAGGAUAGUCAGCUCUCACCAGCCCUUCCUCUCCUGCCAUCCAACUCUGAAAAAAAACAUAACUUCACAGACUACUCUCUGUUCCAACAAACAGACUUAGAGUUUGCUCCAUUGCGGGGGUCUCCUGACAUAUCGAUUGCAUCAGAUAGGUUUCUGGUCCCUCCACUGGACAGUGGUGGUGUCCAGCCUGUGGACCACGCCUCUCUUUCCCAGCAUCCCUUGGCCCACAUAACGUCCCUGUCUGAGGAAGGAGCAAGCAACUGCUGCUCUCUCUCCCAGCAUAGCUUGUCACCAGCGGACGACACCCGGAAACCGGAGGAUGACUCCUACCGAGCAAUCAUCCGAGUGGAUGAGGGCAGAGAGACGAGUCUCUCCGGGGUGAGGACGGAGGGCAGGGACGAUCGGCCGCCGACGCGUCCGUACGACCCUCUGGGAGGGUCGCCUGACGACGACGCGUCCUUCCUGAGUGGAGACGUUCCGGCGCGGACGCUGCUGGGGCUGCUCCAGAAGGAGGUGGGCAUGCCCAGCGGCAGCAGCAGCAGCGCCGUGUCCUCCGCCUCCGAGACCUCGCUCAACAGAACCACGUCCUUCGGGGAGGGGAAGAGCAGCGGCGUUACCAAGCCCGAGGCUGGGCAGGGCGCGGGGAGCAGACAGCCCUCACCAGGAGGACCCCAGACCGAGACAGGACAACACUCCUCACGGAUGUCUCAGAUUUCGAACAUCACCGUCCGUUCGUCAAACGCUCAACCCGAUGACGGCGCCGACGCACUCCACAGAGAGCUCCGCUCCGAGGCGGAGAGAAUCCGCGGCUUCGAGCCUGAGAGCCUCACCCCGGACCAGGAGAACGCAACGGCUGACACCCCCCUCACAGGGAGGGUGGGUGCCACCAGAGGGCUCCUGGUCGGGGAGAGUGGGACGGGGCUCCUGUCGGCUGGCUACAGUGUGGAGCGAGGACACAGGGAGAGGGACCUGUGGUCCUCAGGGAACCAGACGGGGACAGACGGGUCCCUCCUGGGCUUCCUCCCUCAGCCUGUGUCCCAGUCUACUCCCGGUGUUUUCCACGCACCCGUCAGAACCGGUUCGAAGCCCAAACUGGGACUGCUGUCCGCCAUCGGAUCUAACCCGGACGUCUCACAUCUCUCAGGUUCCAGGAGGCCCUCACAGCCAGCGGCAGUUUCUAUGCCGGAUAUCGACGCCAUCGACCUGGUUGGCGCACAGCCAGGCUACGAAGCAUCCGGAAAGGUCCACUCUCUUCCGAGUCUGAACUACCUGCAGAAGGUAGACGCCUGGAGGACCAAUCAGAGCUCGAUGAAGACCUCCCUGUUUGAUAGCCUGGCUCUGCAGGGGUUCUCUGGUGUGUCUCCCAAACAGAGGGCCUACGACGCAGUCUCAGGCUCUCUGAACCGCAUGCUGACUCAGCAUGGGGCCGGCCAGCACCAGGCCCCUCCUGGCCCCAGCUCAGACCAGAACCCCACCACACCCGUCUCCGGGCCCUUCUCCCCGACCAGGGGAGAGGCAGUGGGCUGUGCCCCCCUGAGGGAGGACAGGGGGGUGGCUGGGGGCCCUCCGGGGUCCUCCCUUGGCAGGUCUCAGUCCCCCUCUUCUCUCAGCACGGUAGUCACAACCAUCCAGCAUGCUGAACAGCCACGGAGGCAAGAGGGGAGCAGCCAGGCGCUGGGCCAGGCUGGGACGGCAGCCCCCAGGGAGCCGGAGGGGGGUGAGAGGGGUGCAGGCCCAGGUCGGGCCCCAGGGGGCGGGCGUGGCGCGGAGCUGCAGCAGGCCAGCACAGCUCAGCCCUCUGGUGUCGCAGCCCUGGGCUGGUUCAGUGACGUGUCGUCUCCCCGCGACGGGAGCGCCGUGUUCUCCAGCUCCCAGGACAGCGGCCACAGCGGCCGGAACGUGGGCGCCUCCGUGGGGGCGUCGUCCGCGGUGAGCCUGGAGGUGGACAACUACGCCCCCUACUGGAACUCCAAACCCUCCACUCCGGCCAGGGAGAGAGAGCUCAACAUUGAAGACCGAAUUCCGCUGUACCUCCGUAACCUCGGUAUUGACCAAUCCCCUUCAACGAUCCUCACUCCGUUUGGACCCAGAGGACCUAUCAGAGAGCCCGAGUUUUCUCCCACUGAUCUGUGCACGGUGAAGGGGUCCGUGGGGACCCCCACCAAGAGCAGCCAGCCCUCGGAAGGCGACAGCCCCCAUAAAGAGGAGUGCUCCAGGGCUAGCCUUCUCUCCAUGGACUCCAGCCUCUCCAUCCCUCUGAGUGUGGACAGCCUCCAUCCCAUGGCCCCCUACCCAGAUCCAAGUACCUCCUCCCCCCUAGGCAGAGCUCCCAGCCAGGGCAGUGUGAGGCUGGCCCUCAGCACCGUCAGCCCCCAGCCCCAGGACACCCACCAGCCUCCCCAGCCCAGCGGGCCGGGUGUGCCCAGCCACGCUGCCACAGGGCUCGGGGAGAGGUACGAGGGCCUGGCUCCUGGGGGGCCGAGGACCGGAGCCGCAGAGCCUGAAGUGAGCAUGGAGCAGAGUCGCGAGGACUCCUUCGUCGGCUCCAAGACCCUGCAGGAGAUCAGGAGGCUGCUGGGCCGGGCGGAGAACAUUGUCUCAGGGGGCUCCUCCUCUUCCUCCUCCUCCCCAGGAGGGUCCCAGCCGCACUUGGACGAGGACUCCCUCUUGGCCGCGAGGAACAGGAUGGAGAGUUUCCAGAGGUCGUCCCUCACGUGCUCGUCGGCUGGGGACCUGCGGACCUUCUCGACGUCGCUGGUCUGGGGCCGGUCCUCCUCUGACUCCAUGCUGCUGGUGGAGAGGCUGAGAGAGAACUCCACGGGCACGGAGACCGGGAGGCCCUCCAGGGAGCCAGCCCACCAGCCCGGCCAGGCCCCGAGCCCCGGGGAGGCCCGCGCGAGAGGAGGGCAGCCCCGGGACGGCUCCGCGGGCGCAGGCUCCGCCCUGCCGCUGCCUAAGGCCGUGAGGAGGGCGGAGCCCGAGGGCUGCAGCGCCGGGCCGUCGGACGCAACGGCGCGUGGCCAGCUCCCCGUCCCACCCAUCAACACGCUGCCUGGUCAGCAUGCGGCUGCUACUGCAGUCCAGCCUCGCCCCUUCCUCAGAGAGACCCCAGGGGGUGGGGAGGAGGAGGAGGAGGGGGACGCAGGGGGCGUGGAGGUGGAGAUCUCCCCGUUGUCCUCCCCCUCCUCCUCGUCCUCCUCCGCCGUGGGCUCGGGGCAGGGCGCGGGCAGUGAGGCCAGCAGCAGCAGCUCUCUGGCUGCCAGGGUCGCCCGGCUCCUGCAGAGAGAGUCUCCGGCCACGAUGAUCUCCAGCAGAGCCAGCUCCAACACUGACCUGGAGGAGAGUCGAGCCAGAGAGUGGAUCAAGCUGAAGCUGUCGGGCCUGCAGUGUGAAGCCCUGGAGCUGGACGCACAGGACCGCCUGAGGAUCGAGGAGAUCAAGAGAGAGCUCCUGCUCUGCACCACACACACCUUCAAGAGCCAGGGAAGCACCGACACAGAGCGCAGCGCUGCCUCAAGCCUGCCUCUCCCCCUGCCUCUCCCCCUGCCUCUCCCCCUGCCUCCCUCCCAGCCAGCAGAGCGCUUCAGUGCCCUCCGAGCUGCAGAGGAACGUCUGUCCCACCAGCUCCAGACCCUCACCACGGCCUCCCUCGACCCCGACCAGCCCCCCGCCCCUCUGCCCCUGAACCCCAGCCUCCACCCCCCUCAGCCGCAGGACCUGGAGGGCCGUGUUCGAGAGAUCGCCCACAGGGAGGGUGUGAGCCUCCCCAGGGCGCCCCUCCCACCGCCCCUCACCUCCAUCACCAUCACCACCUGCCGCCGCUCUCCCUCCCCCCUGCCUCCCCCCAGUCCGGAGCCCCUACAGCUCGCCCAGCUCUCCAGGGAGGCGGUCCCGCCGCCCACCCCCCAGACGGACCGCCCAGGAGCCACAGCAGCAGAGCCGGCCUCCGCGCCUCAGCCCAACGGCCGCCACGCCAGAACCACGCACCACGUGGAGGUCCAGGCUGGGCUGGAGGAGGUGGGGCUGGGACGGGACACCACAGGACGCAGCCAGGACUCUGCUACCAUCAACCCUCCAAGUCAGGGCCCAGGACACGUGUCCCUGCUCCACCUCACCCUCUCCCCCAAGCCCACGGAGCACACCACCCAGGCCCCAGGCCCCUCCUCCAGACACUCUUCCGCCUUCACAGGCCCUCUCCAUGAUGGCCACACCCCACAGUCUACACUGACCAAUCAGGAGGGGGCUGGGACAACCAGAGAACCAAUCAGACGACGGGAUGUGUCGGUACAGUUUGCUACCACAGUGCCUGAGUGGAAAACCUCCUCCAGGUACCCACAAUCCUUUACUCCUCCACAGAGACUGGCUCCCCCGUCCAGACCCGUUCGUACUCCAGCUGUGCCGGUUCUGCUGCCAUACAAACCUCUGGGCAGCGAGAACAUGUUCUACGUUCCCCAGACCGAGGCCCAGCUGUCCCCUAUCCGCUCCGACACCACCAUAGAGAGCUCCCACACGGGCUCAGACGACGCCGUGCCCCCACAGUUCAGCGCUGACGUCCUGGGCUCCCGUGACCAGGAGGGGGAGAAGCAAAGGGUGGACCGGGGGGUGAGCAUCAGACACAGCGAGGGCAUCUACGGCAAGAGGCUGAGGGGGGCUGGAGUCAGCCUGCAGCCUGGACACGCAGGUUCUGAGUCGCCGGUGGACAGCAGCUUAUAUGGCAACGAGAGACAGGCUCCUCCCUCUUUCCCUCGAGGAGUAGAAGCCCCGAGCUACACCUCGGGCUCUGCUGGCGCUGUGAGAGACCAGCGUACAACCUUUGACCUCCCGGAGGGGCGUGGCUGGCGCUCCCCCAGCCUGGGAGAGGAAGGGGAGGAGUUUCAGCCUCUCCCUGGAGAGCUGGACUACAGCAUGGACCGCUCCCGCCCUGGCCCCGCCCACACACCCCUCCCACAGGAAGCCUGGGGGCCAGAGAGGCGGGGCCUCCCUAAGCCCGCCCCCCAGCAGACUGGCGGGUCUCUCGACCAACUGUGGCGCAGGUUCAGCCAGAGGUGGAGCCUGGAGGAGUCCCGCCCCACCAGUGAGAGGGAGGCGUCCCUGCUGGAGCGCCUGGAGCGCCUGUCACGUCUGAUCCACUGCGGCACGCCGUCGAGCCUCGCCUACCCAGACCCAGCCGCCCUGGGGGAGGACGCCGCGGGACCAGGAGAUACCGCGAGGAGGGCGGAGGAGGAGAGAGAGGGGAGGAGGGAGGAGAGGAUGGAGGGCAGCGGGAGAGGAGGAGGAGGAGGAGUUCGACAGGCGUGGCUGCAGGAGGCCCAGCCCCAGGAGGCGGAGCCACGGCCGGCGAAAGAGGAAGACGAGGAGAGCAGGGCGGGCUGCGGCCCCUCCCCCAGCCGGCACCUGUGGCCGGCGGAGCGAGAGCGCUCAGCCAGCGUGUCGGAGAGCAGCAGCUCCAGGUCCACGGUGGACACGGCCCGUCUGGUGAGGGCCUUUGGGGCCGGGCGAGUCAGAGGACUGAAGAGUGGCACCAAGCUCAGGAAACUGCACAGCACCAUCCACCAGCAGAGGCAGGGCCUGGGGCAGAGGCAGGGCAGGACCAGGGACUCCGACACCCCUCCCCUCCUCCUCUCAGAGACCACAGCAACAGAUGAGUCCAUAAUGACUGCUGACUCGGCGUCGUCCGCCAGCACCUACACCACCCGCCGUGGGCCCUCCAUCGCCGCUACCAGGGCCGUCAAGCGGGUCAGCAGGGGCGUCCAGGCAGGUGACCUGGAGGUCAUCAGUAAGGGGACUAGGAGCCGCACCCGGGACGUUGGCACCACCUUCCCCUCCCCUGCCCCGUCCCAGGGGGGACCUCCCUCCCUGGCUUCCUCCUCCAGUGGGGAGAGGGGCAGGGCGGCGGGCAGGAGCCCUCCCAAGACCCAGGGGUUCCUCCGAGACAAGAAGAGCAGCACCCUCAGGGGACAACCCAAGCACUACCCACGCAGUGUGUCCUGGUUCCUUCCUGCAGAGGACCUGAAAGCUGAGGCCCGGAAGGAGAACCAGCCCGAGGGGCACCCGGCCCCCACGGCCGGCCCACUCUGGGUUGAGGCCUCAAACAGGCCCUGGAGAGAGCCCCUCAGGCCCCGCCAGGCCGAGCAGAGCCGGGCCGUGACCAGGGAGGGGACCCGGGGUUCCAGACCCGGUGGGACCGAACCUUUGCCUCAGCCCAGCAGCAAGCCUCCCUCUGCGCUGGUCCGCAUCUCUCUGCAGGAGGCCCUGGAGCUGCGCAGGCCAGAGUUCAUGUCUCGCUCGCGGGAGAGGACCCGGCGCCUGGCCCUGCAGGUGGAGGAGAGGAGGCUGCAGGCCAUCUUCAGCAGGGAGAGAGAUGAGCUCUUCAACAGGCCAGGGGCAGCAGGGCGGCUGCACAGACCUCCUGCAGGUCCAUCACUGCUCAGAAGGGCCGUUCCCAAGAAGGAGAUGGUCCAAAGAUCCAAACAGAUCUACUCCCAGCUGGCGGAGGUGCAGAAGAGGAGGGAGGAGGACAGAAGGAAGGCAGAGUACCGCUCCUACAGGCUCAACGCCCAGCUCUACAACAAGAAAAUCACCAACCGUGUGUUGGGUCGGCGAACACCUUGGCAGUGAUGCUGACACGCCUACAGGAGGCGCUGAACACUUCAUUAAAUUAGAAUGCUGUGACAAGAUGGGUUUUACUUUGAAGUAUUAUUUAGAUCCUGAUUUAUCUUACUAAAAUCAAUUAUUUAUUCUGAAAAAAGUUUUGUUUUAAGAAAUUAUGUUUUCUGCUUGUGGAGAAAAGUUUGAGAGAAAUUCUAAUCCUUAAUCUUGUUUGUCUACAUACAAAUUUAUGAAAUGUUUUAUAUCGGUUUGAUUGUUUUUUUUUAUGCAAAAAUAAAUAAAUUGGUUUAAGUC